GUUAUACUAGCAGCGCCCUUAAGGUGCAGUACCUACGCGGCAAACCCACAGCGACUUGAUUCAACGCAAAUUAUGACACGCGGUUUGAGCUCCCCCCUAGCCACCCCGCAUAGGAUAAGCGCCGCACUGACAUCUCUGCUGUUGGCAUACCCGUGGCUUUCGCCUGAGCUCCCGAGCGCCCGGGGUGCCAACUGCUGCUGCGGCGGGGGUGCCAACUGCUUCCAUUCCCGCUUUCAGAGCCCAACUGGCGCGCUUUACGUGCUAGUCCGAUGGAGACCCGCCCCGAUGUGGUUGCGCGAGGCAAGACUACCCUGGUGAAACACAGGCGGGGUCUCUACGGGCAUGUAUUACGUCCCUACUGUCAGUUCACCACUCCUUUGGAGCCCCGUUCACGUUGCAAAUACGGCCAAACCUCGCGGCUAUGAAACAAUGCCUCGAAUCCAUGUUGACGCACGUGUGGCAUUCGUCAUGCACCAAGUCCCGUACGCAGCCAGUCCUUCCGCACGCUACGUUCAAGGCAAGGCCCACGUUGGUGCCCCACUGGCACGCGAACAUGGAGGUGGCGUCGUCCUGUUGGCGUCACGCGCGAGAGGCAACUUGGUGAGGCACAAAACUCAACAAGCAAUUGGGUGAGUCAGAGCGGCCAUGCAGUGACCGCAAUGGAGCAGGGCUUGGGCGUGUGGGUAGCCGCUGGGGUUGACUGAUUCUUUGCCUACCUUGGAGUACGCGUAGGCCUGCAGGCAGUUGGACCGAAGGCAUGCAAGGGAGGGAAGCAAGGGGCAGACGCGUCAGCGCGUGCGGCAUGUGGGUGGAAACGGGCAACGGGCGCAGCCUACGGGCUCAGCCUGGAGGCCGGCGUGGCACUGUUCCUCGUACUGCUGUCCGCAGCAGUGCAGCACCCACCUGCGGGCACUUAGCCUUGAAAGCCUUGGUGCCAGACGUGGCGACCAGACCGGGACCAUCCUUGUUGAUGCAUGCGGGGUCGGCGCCGGCCAGGUAGUUGGGGCUGGUGCAGAAGGUGGUCAGGCUUGGGAGGAUGCACGUUGGCGAGCCGCACCAGGAGCCGCUGUGGGAUGGUUGCGUGAGGGGGCUUGGGGAGUGAAGGGGAGGGGUAAUCGGCACGGGCGGCAGUGUACCGCCGCACAGCUAGCUAGCCUUGCUGUGCGUGGUGCGGCGGUGCAAGGGGCAGGAUGGUGACGAGCAAGGGUUUCAGCGGCGUCUCAGUACCGUAAGCGUGUUUGCAAGGUGCCUUGCUGUGCGGCAUGUGUUGCCUGAGCGGUGAGUACGUGGAACUCACCUGACGGAGGGCGGGUUGAGGGGCCGGAUGCGCGCCGGCGUGUUGUAGGCGUUGACCUGGCAGCGGAGAGGCGUGUGGAGAGUGUCGAGCAUCACGGUGCGCAGGAAGAAGGGGGGCGGGGCGGGUCGGAAACCUGCCGUACAAACCUUGCGUACAACGUACAUCGUAACAAUGGUGCUAC